GAUCGCUUUGGAAAACUACUGGGCCUCAUUGUUUGCCGGAUAAAGCCCUGCUGAAUAACGCCACUAGGAAAUGGAGCCCUUCACCGCCGAGACGGACUACCCCACUGAGCUGGACCCGCGAUCCUCUGAGCUGGACCCGUCCUCCGCUGGGAUGAGCCCUCGCGGCGCCGCCGAGCGGGCGCUGUUUUCGCCGGCACUGGGUUUCUCGGGUCGCGACUGGUUUGCCGAAUUACACCGGCGCCGCCAGUGCUGGGUGAGCUCGCUGCUGCUGGACGUGCCGCCGCUGCCGCCGACGUCCGGGCCGCUGAGACGCCCUGCGCAGCCCGACAGGCAGCCGUGGCUGAGCUGUGUCAGGCCCGGUGACAGCCUGUCAGCCGAGCUGCGCCGCCUGCGGAUGGAGUGUCAUGUGGAGCCGGCGGCUGGCGGCGCUGCUACGGCUGCAGACGUGGACCGGGCCGUACUGAGACUGGAGUCGGCGCCGAAACGUGCGGAGCCGGUCCCUGGUGACGGCCGCGCCAGUCUGCCCGGUGACGAGCUGCUGUCAGAGUUGGAGCUGGAGCCGGACGGCGGCCUGCUGCCCAGCCGGCUGACGCUGCCCUGUCCGCUGCUGCCGCCGACCGACACUGGGCCGCUACCGCUGCCGCCGCUGCCGCGCGCCGACCAGCUGCCCCUCAGGGACCUGCAGGACCCGCUGCUGGACGAGAGUGGUGGCCUGUUGUCAGACUCAGAACUGGCUGGAUGGGAGAGCUCGCUGGUGCCGCCGCCAGCCGCGCCCUGGGCGCCGAUCGAGCUGCCGCAGCCCGAGCUGGCUCCACUGCCGCUGCCGCAGCUCCUGACGCUGACCGAGCUGCGCGGGCCCAGUGGCGCGCCCGAGCCACCGGCCGGCCAGCUGACGCAGCCGGGGAGGGCAGCGGGCCAAACUCAGGAGCCCACUUCACAGCGACACACUACCUCUGCACCGCACGGUGUCCGGAGUGACGCCGAUAAAACCUCUGCAGAACACCACCAGGCUGAGUCCACACUGAGCGGCGCUUGCGCUUCAAAACAAGUUACAAAGUCGCUCCUCUCGGUUGAGGUUUCUUCAGAAGUGGUGCUGAGUAUUCAUGAGAGGGCUGCCGCGCAGCAUUGCCCAGCGGAAAGUCGUGAGGUCACCGCAUAUACCACUGAAACGGUGAAUAACAUUGCUGCGAAUGCCCAAUCUGUCGACAUCUCUGAGACACCCGGUCGAAGUAGACCACUGGAAUCCCACCAGUCCAAGUCUUCACCUAUCGAAGUGGCCUGUCUGGAGCCUGCUCAUGACAGGGACGGUCGCGGUCCUCCGGCGUCAGAUGGUAAACCUGUGGGCGAUAAUUAUCAGCGGGGCUUGGCCACUGUCCCACAGAGCGCCGCCUCCGUCGACCAACCCGAGGCGGCAGGAGAGUCUGACAGACCAACGAGCUCUGACACGGCGGACCUGCACCAAGUAGUAAGGAAGGCUGACCGAACGCCGAGUUCUGACACGGUGCAGCCCCGUAGUGAAACGUCCAUUCAAAAGUUGGAAGAAAGAACGAUAUUCCCGAAGGCUCCCGAGGCAUCGAUCAUGACAGAUUAUUCGAUGGCUGCGCGCUCCGACGUCUCUGGCGAAGUCGUGGACACCGAGACGGGCGGCUGCGGACAACUCUCGCCGGUUCCAUCCCAGGGACGGCCACCGCCCGUGCAGUCGGCCAGUACAGACAGCUUCCAUCGAGGGGACGUAGACCGCUCAGAGCUUGCCGAAGAUCACAUCAUGCCGGCCGAGAGCGCUUCACAGGAGCAGCAGUCGCCUCUAGCGCCGGACCGGUGGCAUAAGGAAGGAGCUGAGCAGCACCACUCUGCGAUUUGUACGACGGAGGUGAGAUGCGACCAGGGAUCAUCAAGACCGCUCUCAACAUCGAGUGGCGUGUCGGAAGCCCUCACGAGCGAGGCUGUGGUGCUUCAUGGAAAUGACAGUACUCGGGAGAGUUCGCGCUGCGACGUAUCGCUGCUCGGUGGAGGGGACUGCGAGGACCGGUCAGGGGACGGUGAGGCGCCGUCCGAUCAUCGGCCGUGCUCCGCUGUGUCACAGGAGGAUGGCAGCGGUGAUGGGGGAGUGGAGACGGCGUCAGGGGAUCGUGAAUGCUCGACCUCGGGCGUAUCCGUGACGGCAGCGAUUGUGUCAACCCCUCCGCGAGAACUGAAGCCGGCAGUGGUGAAAGAGGAGGUCCCUUCACACCGGUCUCCGACAGUCCCAGUCUCACACCACACCGCCGGCCCGCGGAGCAUCUUCAGUCCUUCCUGUCAACUGACUCUGGACGGCGCCCUGAGAUCUCCGACGUUGCCUCCAUCGGGGUCUGAAGAUCCUCUGGCGUCGACAGUUACGAGAGCCACACCUGUGCAGGAGGACCAAGAGUGCGGAUCAGGGGAAGUGCGCAAGGCCGUCGGGAGACAUGGGUCAGUAACUGACCUACCGGAAGGAGGUGAUAGUUCAGACACGAAACGAGAGAGCGCUGCGCCGCUUUCUGUAACGGUUUUGUCGGAGCCUUUCUCGCCCCUCACUGUGUCCAAAGAGUCUGAGCCGCCGCCGAGCCGAGAGCGGCUCGCUGAGGUCAGUCCGGACAGAGGUGAACCUCCAGCCAAAAUGUUUCAUCUUAGCGGCAUACCGACAGCCAAGGUGACACACCUGAGUUGCGAGACGGCGGCUAAAGCAGCGCUCAUGAGCUCUGAGAGACAAGUGGCACACAUUUUGGGCUGCGAGCAAACAACCAGGGUGGUUCAUUUGAGCCACGAGCAACCAGCCAAAGUGGCCCAUCUGAACGGCGAGCCACCAGUCAAGAUGGCUUGUGAGAGUGACGAGCCGCCAACCAAAGUAGCUUAUCUAAACUACGAGACGACUGUCAAGGCGGCACACCCUAGCAGCGAGCUGCCGACCGCCCAUGGCAUUGUAGGUGAUAAGACCGGCUGCAGCGUCACCGCCGGAGCGCAGCCGUCGGCCACGGAGCCCGCGGCGUCCCAGCUGACGGCAGCCGACAGUUUCCUGGCGGCGCUCUCUGCGCGGGUGCAGAGCCGCGCGGAGCGCACCCCGCUGUCUGCCCGGCGCGGGCUGCCGAGUGCGCUGCUGACGAGCCGGGCCGGCCGGCGGGUCCGCGGCGGCCGGCCCCGCGGCGGCCCUGUAGCGCUGAGCCGCGCGCUCAGCCGCUGUGGGCUGCCGGAGCCGCGGCGAGGGGCGGCUGCACGCACUCCGAGGGCCGCGGAGCCGCCGGGAGUGGGACAGGGCGCUGUCUCGGGGCUCACACAGACUCAGCGACCACCAGACGACCACGCGGAGACGGCUGUGCCGCUAGACGAGCUGACGCUGCGCUGCCUGGCCUGUCUGGUGGAGCGGGGCGACGAGCUCUUGCACCCUCUCCGGCUGGACGUGCCGUUCGCGCUGCUGGAGCCGGACAACAGCCGCCGCCUGCUGAAGGAGAUGUGCAGCCAGGUCAACGAGUCCCUCAGCUCAUUGGAGCGCCAGGGCCUGCUGCGCCAGUACCGACACACGCUCGCCGUUCACGGCCUGGCCAAGGCCCGCGACAUGACCGCCCACCUCUCCGCCGUCUGCGGUCUCCGGCAGCUGCGCAUCUUCAGCCGCACGCACGCCGACAUACUGCAGGGCUGCCUGGACGCGGUGAUUGGUGACCUGGAGUCGACACUGGCCGGCCGCUCCGCCCGCCACCCGCGCGUCGCCGCGUUACUGGCCCUGCUGACUGAGCUGCACGUGGACUCACUACCGGGUCCGGUGCUGGUAGUGACAGAACAGCUUCCUGAGCUGGCCGAGGAGCUCAGCUCAGCUCUGACUGAGGUACCCGGGGUCCGGCACGUCUUGCUGACCGCUGAUGAGCCCCAGCAGCGGCUGAAUGAGGCGCUGCGUCAGCGCGCCGUGCUGGUGCUGAGCUGCGGCGCUGAGGUGCCGACGCGCUGGCCGCUGUCCCGCUGCGCGCUGCUCGUGCCGCUGCUGCCUCCCGCUGCCGCUGGUCCACUGGUACAGCGGUGCCGUGCCUCCUCAGUGGCUGUCCGCUGUCUGCCCGUGAGGCCCGACUGGGAGGCGCUGAGACACCCGGAGAGACACGUGCUCGUCUCCCCUCCCCCUGCACCGCCGCCGCCCGGACCCCCGCCGGCCGGCCAGCCGGUCUCGGUGGUGGCCUGUGCUUCUGCUGCCGAACGCUGGGGUCUGCGGCGUCUGGAGGAGCUCUCCGGUCACACUGUCACCGCCCACGUCAGAGAUUACAGCCGGCUGGUCGGGCUCUCUGCCGGCCCGUUCCCCGAUCUGGUGCUGGCCGCCGACUCCUGUCUGCUGGUGCGCUCCCUGGCCGACCUGGCGUCCCCCUCGGACGGCCAGCGGCUGGCGGCGGAGGUGCGCGCUCUGCAGCAACAGGCGGCGCUCUGCUGGCUGGUGGUGGUGGGCCGCCGCCGCGCCGCCGCCGCCGCCGAUACCGACACCAGGCGGGAGGAGGCGGUGGUGGGUCGGCUGCGGGCCCUGCUGGCCUCCGCCGCUCACCUUCCCGAGUAUACGCUGCGCCUGGUGCGUGCCGAUCAGGACAGCGUGGUGCACAUCGUCCUGGAUAUCGUGCAGCAGACCAGCGAGACGGCGGGAUCGGCGGGUGACGGACGGUCAGACGACUUCCAGCCCUCCGCCGACGCCCAGUGCACAGAGGACGAGUGGCUUCUGCUGCAGCUGCCGGCGUGUAACGCCGUCUCUGCGGGCCUCCUGCUCCGGCGGGCCGGAGGGCUGCAGCAGCUGCGCGCUGCUCCGCUCGGACGGCUCGUUCAGAUCAUGCCAGAGCUGCCGGUCAGGGUCCUGGCAGCCCUGCAGCGCCACCUACAACAGCCGAAACAGACGACAGCGACACCGGGUGACUUCUGCGUAGAUGGUAUGGCACCUAUGAACAACCAAGACCUAACCGGCCCGGGCUUCCUGUCGUUGCCUCGGCCGCCUUCGCCGCCCACAGCGGCCUUCCCUUCCGACGUCCUCCGACGAGAGCCCACCGUUCCCUGUAGCCGUCAUCGGCGGCCCGGGCUCCAUCCCGACGUUCCCCCGUUUGGCACAGAGUGCCACACACGGCCACCGUACGAUGACGAGUCAGACGGGGACUAUGGAUCGCGUCAUCACCCGGUCUACGGCGGGCGGUUCGACCGACAGCACGGCUCGGAGCACGGCCUGGAGCACGGCGGCUCUGCGGCCGACGGGACAGACGACUGGCUGACCGCCCCGAACGCGGUGGACCUGCUGGCUGCCGAGGCCUGUUCCGACGAGUGCAACCCUCACUGGCUGGAUGAAGACAAUGUGUAUGACGACUCACCGCCAAUGGAAACGAGUCAGUGACGUCAUGGCUUUCCUGGUGACGUCAUCUGGAGAGUCCGGCUGAGCCGAGUGCGGUGGCGGUGGAUAAGGCUUGGAUACUGCUUGCACAGCACGCAAAGAGCUAGCUUUCGUACCCAUGACCGGACGAUUGAUCUCGUAAUUUGGCGGCUAGUGAUUGAAAUGCCCAUUUGUUCCGUGGAGUGAGGAAAUAAACGUGUUCAGUUGUCGAAUAA